CGAAACACCGUCAUCCCCACCAAAAAGUCGCAGAUCUUCAGUACCGCUGCUGACAACCAGAACACCGUCACCAUCUCCGUCUUUGAGGGCGAGCGACCGAUGACCAAGGAUAACCACCAGCUUGGCAAGUUUGACCUGACUGGUAUCCCACCUGCACCCCGAGGUGUCCCCCAGAUUGAGGUCACUUUCGAAAUUGACGUCAACGGUAUCCUCAAGGUUACCGCAGAGGACAAGGGCACUGGCAACAAGGAAAAGAUCGUCAUCACCAAUGACCAGAACCGCCUUUCCCCUGAGGACAUUGAGCGCAUGAUCAAGGACGCAGAGAAGUUCUCCGACGAGGACAAGAAGGUCAAGGAGAAGGUUGAGGCGAAGAACGAGCUCGAGUCGUACGCCUACUCGCUCAAGAACCAGAUCGGCGAUAAGGAGAAGCUCGGUGGAAAGCUCUCCGACGAUGACAAGAAGACCAUCGAGGAUGCCGUCGAUGAGACCAUCAAGUGGCUCGACGCCAACGGUGAGGCUGAUUCCGAGGAGCUGAAGGCCCGCAAGAAAACGCUCGAGGAGUCCGUCACGCCCAUCAUCUCGAAGCUGUACGCCACCGAGGGAGGCCAGCAGCCACCCCCGGGCGGUGAGGCCGGCGGCGCUGAGAAGGAUGAACUCUAA